AUGAAUCCCAAUCCAAGAAAAUCCUCAUUAUCAUCAAAAUGCGAACCAAAUGAUUUAGUCAAAUUAUCAGCUUGUUGCAAUGAUAUUUUAUCAAAAUUAGACGAAUGUAAACCAAAUGAUUUAGCUUGUGAAUGUUGUGCAUUACAAAGCAUUAAUCAAGAAUGUUAUCAUUUAUGUCCUGGUAAUCCAAAUACUAAUUUUUUAUCAGUUUUAUUAAGUGAUUGUAAAGUUAUGAGUGAAAUUAAUGCUUGUUCUAUUCCUUUUAAAAAAGAAGAUCCUGAACCACCAAAAAAAUUUUUUAGAGGUAAUAAUAAUGAGAAUGAUUCAUUGGGUGAUGGAAUUGAAAAUUAUUAUGAAGAUUUAAUUAAAGAUGAUGAUCCUAGAUUAAAUGAUGAAAAAAUUGAUGCAAGUUUACAAAGUAAAAUUUAUAAUGUUGAAGAUUUAACUGAGAGACCAUUUAAAAGUAAAAAAAUUAAAUUGGUUAUUCCUGAUGAUGAAUUAAUUGAUAAUAAUGAAGGUAUUCAAAAUAAAGACUUGGAAGUAAUUGAUCAUAGUAAGGAAGAAGUCAAGAAAUUAAACACCAAUGUUAAGCUUAUUAAUUCCACAUAUACCAAUGUUACAAACUCAACAAGUUUAAUAGUUGCUGCUAAGAAAUCAAACUCCCAAAAAGAUUAUAAUGGUUGGAGUUUAAUAUUCUUUGUUCUUUCUUCUUACCUUUUACUUUCAAUGUGA